GAGAAGAAACUCAAUAGAGGUUUCUGACCCCAAGCAACAUAGAUAAUGAACGGACAAAGUCGUUCGCGAGAAAUUAGAUAUCAUCAUUGAACUUUACAUCGCGAAUAAGCUCGGAUCUAUUCGGUAGUCUAACAUGAUUAUUACGCGUAAUAAAAUCAAUAUAAUUACUAUUUCUUUGAUAGUUUUAUUUUCAGUGAUAGCUUAUCAUGUAGUAUCGACUCUGAAAAUUGAUAACGAUGAUACGUCUAUCCAAAAACGAGUGAAAUUAUUCAACAAUCUUGAAAAGAAAAAGGAAGAAAAUUUGGGUUCUCGAAGAGGAUGGAUAAAAAUGAAGGAAUUCGUUCACAGAAAGAAUCAUCGAUUAGAAUCUUCAGAUGUUUAUCCAACGAACGAUUAUUCAAUUAAAAAGGAGGAGGAUGAAUUGUUGAUAAAAUACGACGAAAUAAAUCAUCUGAGAUCGGAUAAAAAUGAAAAUAAUGAUAUUAAUUUAAUGGACGAUUGGAAGAAAUAUUUCUUCAUUUUUACCAAUAAUAAAGCUCGUAAAAAUAUAACAAAUUCGAAGGAAGAAAUAUCAAUGGAUGGGAUCAAUCAUUAUAUAAACGUAGAAAAUAUUUCAAAUGAAUUAACACUGAACAGAAACGUACGAGCUAUUAAUACAACGGAUUAUUAUAUUCAGAGAAAGGCAGUUAUGGAUAAGUUUCAUGCACGUCAGCGUGAAAUAGCCACGAAAUAUGGUAAACGAUACAAUAAUAAUAGUUCAAGAAUCAUUCAUAGAAACAACGGAACGUUAGACGAAAAGAUUAAAAAGUUUAAAAACAACGAUCCGAAUUUGGAUAUAUUUAAAGCUUCAUCGAAUACUUCGUCAUUUGGAUCAGGAUUAAAGAAUAUAAGAAUUAAUCAGAAAAAAGAAAAUUUUGACUAUAAAAAAUCUGAGAUCAAUGAGAGCAUUUUAAAGGAUAUCACGAAUUAUACUUUACCUAUUAUUCAUAAUUGUACGAAUAUAACUUUACACAGUGCAUACUCGAAACAAACACGAAACAAAUUGACAUUAUCUUGUACGAAUAAAAAAAAGGAGUCGAUUAUUAAAAGAACUACCGAAUCUCCUCCACUCAGACCAAACAGAGCUACUGAUGGAAAUCUAAUAUGGGGCACGUGCAACGGUACAUUGGUUUAUCAACACAAUCUAUUACUAAACCUAAAAGGACCGUCCAAUCUUGAAGCUGUCUUUGAAGUUAUCAUUGAUGGGCCACUUUGUAUAACUUGCGUUAAAGUAAACCCAAUCAAUAAUACCGAAGAAAAUGUUUCUAAUGAAUCAGGCGGACCAAAUUAUAGACACGUCAAACUCAAAUUCAAAGGACCCGAAAACAAAGGUUUCUCGUAUACGAUCAAAGUUUGGGCAAUGGUGAAGGAAAACGAUACUUGCGGCUAAUUAAACCCAAUUGAAUUCGUUAAGAAAAAAUAAAAAUAAGAAAAAAAAAAAAAAAAA